UUAAAGAAGGUGACAAAAAGAGAAGGAAAAUGCCGAAACCAAUCAAUGUACGAGUGACCACCAUGGACGCUGAGCUGGAGUUUGCCAUUCAGCCCAAUACAACUGGCAAGCAGCUUUUUGACCAGGUGGUGAAAACAGUUGGAUUGCGUGAGGUCUGGUUUUUUGGGCUGCAGUAUGUGGACAGCAAAGGUUAUUCUACAUGGCUUAAACUAAAUAAAAAGGUGACACAGCAAGAUGUUAAAAAAGAGAAUCCUUUACAGUUCAAAUUUAGAGCUAAAUUCUUUCCUGAAGAUGUUUCUGAGGAAUUAAUUCAGGAAAUAACCCAGAGACUAUUCUUCCUGCAAGUUAAGGAAGCUAUCUUAAAUGACGAGAUAUAUUGUCCGCCUGAAACUGCAGUUCUUCUGGCUUCCUAUGCUGUCCAGGCCAAGUAUGGAGAUUAUAAUAAAGAGACUCAUAAACCAGGCUACCUGGCUAAUGAUAGACUCCUACCCCAGCGUGUUUUGGAACAACACAAGCUGACCAAAGAACAGUGGGAAGAGAGAAUACAGAACUGGCAUGAAGAACACAGAGGGAUGCUGAGGGAAGAUUCUAUGAUGGAAUACCUGAAGAUUGCACAAGAUCUAGAAAUGUAUGGAGUCAACUAUUUUGAAAUAAAAAAUAAAAAGGGAACUGAAUUGUGGCUAGGCGUUGAUGCUCUGGGUCUAAAUAUUUAUGAGCACGAUGACAAGUUAACACCUAAAAUUGGUUUUCCCUGGAGCGAAAUCAGAAAUAUUUCAUUUAAUGACAAAAAAUUUGUUAUAAAGCCAAUCGACAAAAAGGCACCUGAUUUUGUUUUUUAUGCACCUCGUCUGAGAAUCAAUAAGCGGAUUUUGGCUUUAUGUAUGGGAAACCACGAGCUCUACAUGCGAAGGCGGAAGCCUGAUACUAUUGAAGUGCAGCAGAUGAAGGCUCAGGCGAGGGAGGAGAAGCAUCAGAAGCAGCUGGAAAGGGCACAAUUAGAGAAUGAGAAGAAGAAAAGGGAGUUAGCAGAAAAGGAGAAGGAGAGGAUAGAACGUGAAAAGGAGGAGCUAAUGGAGCGUCUCCGGCAAAUCGAAGAGCAGACGCUGAAAGCCCAGAAAGAACUAGAAGAACAGACUCGAAAAGCUCUAGAACUGGACCAGGAACGAAAACGAGCAAAGGAAGAAGCAGAAAGGCUUGAGAAGGAGCGCCGAGCUGCUGAAGAGGCCAAGUCCGCGAUAGCGAAGCAAGCUGCUGACCAGAUGAAGAACCAGGAGCAGCUGGCAGCAGAACUUGCUGAAUUCACUGCCAAGAUUGCACUUCUAGAAGAAGCCAAGAAGAAAAAGGAAGAGGAAGCUACUGAGUGGCAACACAAGGCUUUCGCCGCCCAGGAAGACUUGGAAAAGACCAAAGAAGAGUUAAAAACUGUGAUGUCUGCGCCCCCUCCACCUCCGCCACCGCCAGUCGUUCCUCCAACAGAAAACGAGCACGACGAGCAUGAUGAGAACAGCGCAGAGGCCAGCGCGGAGUUAUCGAAUGACGGCGUGCUGAACCACAGGAGCGAAGAGGAGCGCGUCACGGAGACACAGAAAAACGAGCGUGUUAAAAAGCAACUCCAGGCGCUAAGUUCGGAAUUAGCCCAGGCCAGAGACGAAACCAAGAAGACACAAAACGAUGUGCUUCACGCUGAGAACGUUAAAGCGGGCCGCGACAAGUACAAGACCCUGCGGCAGAUCCGGCAGGGCAACACGAAGCAGCGCAUCGAUGAGUUUGAAGCAAUGUGGGGACCCAAACUGUAUGCAUUGUUCCAGAUGCGUUCUUGCCAAAGCAGUAUAAAGCAGAUGUAACAGUUAGGAAGAAGGCUCCCUCCCUCGCCAGGUCCUGGACAUCUGACCCACGGCGAGCUGCAGGAUGAGGAUGCACCAAGCCAUGCCUGAUGCUCUUAUUGUCCCCCCAGUCCUGAAUCUCAGCCGGAACCAGAUGGACAAGAUUCCCCCAACCAAGGGCUCUUGCUUAUGGUCCUCUUCACCUCUCAGUUUACUGUUGGUGUCCCCUCUCCCGCUGUUCUGUCUCUCUCCAAACCUCUCUCAACUGCCUUUCCUAGGGAAGACCUUAGGAAGGUGGGCCAGGACUUGGGAACUUCCGCAUUGCACCCUGCGGCCCCAGGCCCCCGUCCGCAGCGUCCUGUCUUCAGGGCGCGCCCCCCCCCCCCUCAACAGGCGCCUGAAGGCAUCCGCUUCUGAGAACCCACUUUUUUUUCUGCAUGUCUAGCUUGUCAGGAGGGAUCCAUGGAGAGAAUUUCUGAGAAUUUUCCACUUUUUCACAAAACGUACGUGACUGACUUUUGGCUUCGAACUGACAGCAAACGUCGGGGCGCACGGCUCUGUUUCCUUGUGCACAUCUGUGGAGUCUGGAGAAGUCGAUGCCACAUUCCCUUUACUGUCUGGGCUGUUUGUAUAAUUGUAUAUAAAUGUAGCAAUAAACAUAUUCUAACAUCA